CUUCACCAUUUCCCAUUUCACACAAAAAACAACAAACCCUAAAACCUUUCAUUCUCUUUAACUUGAUUCAUCUUUUCACACCGCCACAACCUCACUCACCCACUCAACUCAAAUAUGGCCAAAAAGAAACUGUCCCACCACCACCAAUCUCAAUCCAACGACCACAAACCUUCUUCCAUGGAAGACCCUUCUCACCAAAUCCAGAAUCUCAAAAACCUCAACUCCGUCCUCCUCAAAGAAACCACCAACCACCGCCACCAAAUCGACUCCCUCCGCCGUCAGAAUCACCAACUGGUGCAAGCUUCCGAUAUGGAUGUAGACAACAGCCUCGCUCUGGAGCUUCAAAACGGCGUCAUUUCCGUUUUCACGGUGGCCCAGAUGAGGGAGGUGGUCGGAGAGAAGGAGGUUGAGGUUGCGGCUCUGAAGGGGGAGAUGAAGGAGCUUGCUCUGCGGUUUGAGGAUGAGAAGAUGGUUUUGGGAGGGGAGAGGGAUUUGGUGAAAUCUGAGGGUGAGGGGAGAGAGAGGAAGCUGAAGGAGGAGCUGUGGGUGAUGAAAUUGGAAGGGGAGAAGUUGAUGGAGGAGAUUUCGGAGAAGGAGAAGGCGAUUGAGGAGCUUGUCAAGGAGAGGGAUUUAGGUUUGGUUAGCUCGAAGGAUUCUGCUUUGGUUGUUGAGGGUUUGAAGGAGGAGAUUGAGAGGGUUGUCAGGGAGAAGGAUGAGAUUGAGAGGCUUAAGGAUGCUCAGGUGGCGAAAGCGUUGAACCUUGAUUUUGAGGUGAGGCAGCUCGGUGAGAGUUUGAAGGUUUCGCGCGAUGAGGAGGUGGUUUUGCGUGGGAAGAUUUUGGAGCUGGAGGAGAGUGUUGGAUUGGCUGUGGAGAAGGGGGAGGAGAUGGCGAGAGAGAACGGGGCGUUGGUGAGUGAGAAGAAGGAGAUGGAGAAGAGUAUUGAGGUGUUGACGGAGAAGAGGGAUAGUGUUAACAGGGUCCUGGAUAAGGUUCAGGGGGAAUUGGAGAGUAAGCAGCGCGAGCUUGAUGAGGCGAAUAGAGCGCUAGAUGAGAUGGAGCAGGUUAAAGCUCGCCAGGAGUAUGAAAUUGCUGAGUUGCAAGGAGAGCUGGGUCGGCUGAGGGGUGUUGUGGAUGAAUUGAAAGGGUCGUGCAAAGAGUUUGAAGAGAAAAAUGAGCAAUUGGUUUCUCAAGUUAACCAUUAUAGAGAUGCUGUUGAUGAAGUGACUCUUGAGAAGGAUAACAUGAGAAAGGGAUUUGAGGAGGAGAAGAACAAAGUGGAGAAGCUGGAGUUGCAAAUUGCAGGGAUGGAGAAGAAAAUUGAACAAGCUGAAUCUGAGUUGGGGAAGAUGAGAAGUGAGAGAGAGAAGCUGAAUGAGAAAAAUGAGCAAUUGCUUUCUCAAGUGAACCAUUAUAGAGAUGUUGUUGAUGAAGUAACUCUUGAGAAGGAUAACUUGAAAAAGGGAUUUGAGGAGGAGAAGAAUAAAGGGGAGCAAUUGGCAUUGCAAGUUGCGGGGAUAGUGGUAAAAGCUGAACAAGCUGCGACUGAGUUGUGGAAGAUGAGAAGUGAGAGAGAGAAGCUGAGUGAGAGAAACAAGGAGCUGGUAAGCAAUGUGGAUGUUUUGAAGAAGGAAAAGGAAGCACUGCAGAAUACCCUUCUGGAUGCUCAGCGGGAGUCUGCUGAUUUGAGCGCUAAGAUUGAGUUUUUCUGCAUCAAUUCGAACCAGGCCUUGGCAAUGUUGAAGAGUACUGCUGCACUUGUGUGUCAUGAGAACAACGAUGUAGAGGAAGUGGUGCGUGAUGGGAAGAAGCUUGCGGGUGAAAUUCAGCCAUAUGCGGCAGAACUGGAUACAAUAAAGAACGCGUUCAAGAGUAAGACUGAGAUAGUGGAUGACCUGAAGCAACAAAUUGUGUCACUGCAGAAGAAUGUGGACAAGGCACACAAAGGUAAGGGCUUGUUGACUAUGAUAUCUUCUGCAUCUACAAUUUUUGCUGCUGUGUUAGCUGCCUAUGUUGCUAAAGGGCGCUGAAAAGGUUGUCCAUUUUCCUUGUCAGACGAGUGUUUUUGUAACAGGAUCAAGGAUUACCUUAUAUCAUGUAAUAAUUGAAUCAGGUAUCUUGAUCCUUAUUAGAGAGUAACAUUUUGAUCUAACCUCUGUAUUGAGCCAAAAACGAGAGGAAAUCUCUCAGCUAGUUAUCAUAAAAUGAGCAAUAUCUUUUAAUA